AUGGCAGAACAUUUGUCCCAGAGUGAGCUGGACUAUCCCUUCAAACUUCUGGAGUAUUUCAACGGCUUCAGGAUCUCUAAGGUGAUAUUCUCAGCCUGUGAGCUGGGAGUGUUUGACCUCCUGCUGAAGUCCCAGGAGCCCCUGAGCGCCCAGCAUGUAGCCCGCGAGCUGAGCACCAGCGUGGACGGGAUGGAGCGGCUGCUGGACGCACUGGUGGGCAUCGAGAUCCUGGAGGUGGAGACCACAGACGGGACAGCUUUGUACAGCAGCACCGACGUGGCGAAUCUUUACCUGGCUAAAGGCAGCGGCAAGUCUCUUCACGACAUGAUCAUCUACCAAUCCCAGACCAUCUACCCGCUGUGGAACAACAUGGUGGACGCUGUCAGGGAGGGGAAGAAUCAGAACGAGAAGACCUUCGGCCUUCCACCAGAGGAGGUUUUCCAAGCUAUUUACAGAUCAGAGGAGGAGAUGCUGAAAUUCAUGGGUCUGAUGAACUCCUCGUGGGUUCUGGACGGACACGACGUUGUGACGGCUUUCAACCUCUCCUGCUUUCACAACAUCAUAGAUCUGGGAGGAUGCACUGGUGCUCUGGCCCGUGAGAUGGCGAAGGCGUACCCGUCGUCCUCUGUCAUGGUGUUCGACCUCCCGCAGGUCGUAGAGACGGCUCAGAAACAUUUCCCUCAGGAGGAUGACGGCGUCGUGUUUCAGACUGGAGAUUUCUUCAGCGGUGACAUCCCUCCUGCUGACCUCUACGUUCUGGCCAGAAUCAUUCACGACUGGCCUGAAGAGAAGUGCCUCAACCUGCUGAAGAAGAUCUAUGACACCUGCAGACCAGGCGGCGGCGUCCUGCUGGUGGAAGCCAUGCUGUUUGAGAACAGGCGAGGGCCCGUCACGGCUCAGAUCUUCUCCCUCAACAUGCUGGUUCAAACGGAGGGCCGUGAGCGCCCGCCGUCCGAGUACACCCGCCUCCUCAACAAGUGCGGCUUCCACAACGUUCAGGUGUGCCGGACCGGCAAGUCCUACGACGCCAUCCUGGCCACCAGAUGAGCUCGGGACCGUCCAGACACAGACGGGAACUUUUCAAGGUCAAGAAAAGGUUUGGAGGCGGACAUAAAACAUAAGAGCUCUGUUGUCAGUCUCGGUGCACAUUGAUCCCCCGUUUAUGUUGUGGUCAACCCACGUGAUGUUCACAGAUUUAGUACAAAAACUGAAGUGAAAAAACAAACCAAUAUAUCAGUUAUUUGAUCAAUUAUAUAAAUGCACUGAUACGGUACGUUCAUUUUAACAGCAAAAGAUGUUGUUUUACUUUGUUCCUUUUUUAUUGACAUACUCAAAAAUAUCAAAAUCUGCUCAUUAUUUACAGUCAAAUCUUUUUAAUAUCAGCAGGUCACUUAUAGCCAUAUAGUUUUAUAAGUGGUCACAAUAUUUCAGGAGCAUCAUGGAGGUGUAUUCCAAAAGUUAUAAACCAAUUAUUGAGAGAUUUGGGAUAGUUUUAUAUGAAUAUUCAGCCAAAAUAUUAUACCAAUAUUACAGAAAGAUAGUAUGUAAAUAAUUAGCAAAAUAUUCCUAUAUUUUUUAAAAACCAAACAAACAAAAAGCCCAGUAAACAGUUAAUCAAACGGCAACAUUCCCAUCUUAUCUACAAAGUGAUAUGACUCACUGUUAGCCGGUUAAAAUCAUUAGAUAGAUAAGAUAAAUGAUUAGUUUAUAACAGAUGUUUUGGGCAACAAUAUUGUCAGUUUGCACGCUGUUGAAGGAUAUAUAUAAAAAUUAAUUCUAAUUAUUUUUUGGGAUACUAAAUUUAUUUUUACAUCUUUUUUUAAGUCAAUAACAUCAAAAUUAAAAACAACUAUUUCCAGAAAUCAUGUCAUCCAUAUUACAGACAUUAUGACACAGGUUAUGUACAUAUCUCUACAUAAUUUCUGUAUAAUUAUCCUUUAAUGAUAAACCAUACAAGGAAAAGAAACAGGCAAAUGUCUGAUUUAAAGAUGAGAGAUGCAAACUAAAGGCUGUGUUCAUUAUUCCAAAGAAUAUAUUAGAAAAGUCUGUUGUUUCAUCUCAUGGAUCUCUUUGAUGACUUCACAUUGAGUAUCUGCUGCAGGUGGAUAUUAAUGUUUUUUGUUUGUCUGUUUUUGAGAAUUUAACACCCAGAGAAACAUAUUCCGAAACCUUCAAAUGCAGUGAGAAACCUAAAUAUUUUAAAUAGCACUGAACUUUUGAGCUAGAGAGAGAAACCGCUGUGUGUUGUGUUACUGUGACCGUGUGUUCCCGGUCUUCCCAUUCACUGUGAUGAGUUCAGGUUCCCUCUCAGACUGCAUGUAGAUCAAACCUCAGUUUACCUCAUUUAUUCCUCCAAGUGGUGUUAGAAAGUUCUCAUUUUCUUAUUUUUGGUCUGUUAGUUGUGUGACCUUCUGGUUGAAGGAAGAAUCACUGUAGAAAUGUUCUUAUUCAUGUUUGUUUGUUGCAUUUCAAGUGCUGUAAAUGUCACAUAUUGAGUGAUCAUAAUAAGUGAUUUGCAUGUGUCAUAGAUGAGGUGUGAAUGCAAAAUAUCCAGAUGUUUGAUAGAAACAUAUAAAAAUGUUCCUUUUUGAAUCAGCACACGGUUCUUUGCUGUAAACUUGUGUUCUGUCCUCUGAUCAUUCCACAUGUCGGCAGCAUGCAAUCAAAGACAUCGUGUUUGUUCUUUCUAAAAAGUUAUUUUUAAAAAGCUAUGCAUCUGUAAACAACCUACUGGUGAUGGAUUUUGACGAU